CAUAAACAUAAACAUAAAAAGUCGAUAUAAAUAGGAAAGUUGGGCUAUUGCACCCCCUGAGCUUCAAUACAUGCGUCUCUCUUCCUUCAUCUUUCUCCAAUCCUUUCUGUCGCCCCCCUCAGAGUGUAGCCCUACCUGCAAUUGCAAAUCUCCAAGGGCAGAUCAGAAAAUAUUUAGUGUUUCGUACUUCCACUACACACAGGUCAGUUCUGGAUAUCCAUUCAGUAAAAACGAAUCAGAUUUACUUAUUACAAUUACAGAGAUGGCAAUCGUGCCAUCAAAGAAGACGAUAGCUAUUUGCCACUACGGAGGUGAAUUUGAAACGAAUGAAGAUGGAUCAAUGUCGUAUAUUGGUGGGGAAGCCUAUGCUGUUGAUCUAGAUGAGAACAUGCAGUUCAGUGGUUUCAAACAAGAGAUCGCUGAAACUAUCGAUUCUUCUGUAGAUGGGAUGCUAGUGAAGUACUUCUUGCCAGGGAACAACAAGAAUCUCAUUACUGUAUCAAAAGAUAAGGAUUUUCAUCGAAUGGUUAACUACUACAAGGAAUCUGAUCAGCUAGAGGUCUUUAUAAUGAAAGAAGCCCCACCUGCUAAAACUCCCAAGAAGAAGCAGCCUGCUCGCAGACCACAAAAGAAACCAGUUGAAACAGACAUGGGAGCUCUCGUGCCAUCAGUUGACCUUGGUCAAAGUCAAACCAAUGUAGUCCCUCUAAACGAAGUCAUCGACAUAGAAUCAACAAACGACAUCACUCCAAUUCCCAUCAACCCUUUCCCCAUGUCCACAACCGACAACGAAUCCCCCAUAGCUGCAAAACAAUGGGAGAAUCUCAUAACCGGAGUUGGUCAACGAUUCCAUUCCUUAGCUGAAUUCCGGGAAGCCCUAAGAAAGUAUUCAAUCGCACACGGAUUCAACUAUGUCUACAAAAAAAACGAAAACCAACGUGUCACUGUUAAAUGCAAAUCAGAAAGCUGUCCAUGGCGUAUCCAUGCAUCAAGACUUUCAACAACACAAUUAGUUUGCAUCAAAACAAUGAGACCAACUCAUACUUGCCAAGGUGGCACAAUAAAACCCGCGUUUCGAGCUACAAGAAGUUGGGUUGGAAAUUUAAUAAAAGAAAAAGUAAAAGAUUCUCCCAAAAUUAAACCAAAAGACAUUGCUAAUGAUCUUAAACGUGAUUAUGGAAUCGAGCUUAAUUAUUCCCAAGCAAGACGUGCGAAAGAAUACGCACGUGAACAACUUUUAGGAUCUUAUAAAGACGCGUAUAAUGAAUUACCCUUUUUUUGUGAGAAAAUAAUGGAAACAAAUCCCGGGAGUCUUGCUACAUUUACUACUAAGGAAAAUUCGAGUUUUCAUCGUCUUUUUGUUUCUUUUCACGCCUCAGUGUCCGGUUUCGUACAAGGUUGUCGGCCGCUUCUUUUCCUCGAUAGCACGCCGUUGAAUUCGAGGUACCAAGGGAUGUUGCUGGCGGCCACGGCGGCAGAUGGUGAUGACGGGGUUUUUCCGGUGGCUUUUGCAGUGGUUGAUGAGGAAACCGACGAUAACUGGCGGUGGUUUUUAACGGAAUUGAAACUCGCAGUGGCGGCACACGGGCAUAUACAGAUUACAUUCGUGGCGGAUUUCCAGAAGGGUUUGCGGGAAUCUUUACCGGAGAUUUUUGGUGGGGAUUGUUAUCACGCGUAUUGUUUAGGUUAUUUAGCUGAGAAAUUAAAUAAAGAUUUAAAAGGACAUUUUUCACAUGAUGCAAGAAGGUUGAUGGUUGAAGAUUUAUACGCAGCUGCACACGCGACAAAACUUGAAGGUUUUGAGAAAUGCACACAAGACAUCAAAGCGAUAUCUCCGGAAGCUUAUAAUUGGAUUAUUUGUAGUGAACCGGAACAUUGGGCAAACACGUUUUUUGGAGGUUUAAGGUAUAAUCAUAUGACAUCGAAUUUCGGUCAUGUUUUUUACGCGUGGGUGUCGGAAGCAAACGAGUUACCAAUAACCCAAAUGAUCGACGAGUUGAGGGGUAAAAUGAUGCAGUUGAUAUACACGAGAAGAGUGGAGUCGACUCAGUGGAUGACCCGGUUGACUCCUUCGAUGGAGGAGAAGUUAAAGAAUGAGAUUAUGAAAGCUCAUUCGGUUCAAAUCUUGAGGUCACAUGGAAGCAAAUUUGAGGUUCGAUUUUGUGACAGUAUUGAUGUUGUUGAUAUUGAGAAUUGGGAUUGUAGUUGUAAAGGGUGGUUGCUUACUGGGUUGCCUUGUUGUCAUGCGAUUGCGGUUCUUGAAUCUUAUGGGAGGAGUGCGUAUGAUCAUUGCUCCAGGUAUUUUCAUGUUGAGACGUAUCAAUUGGCAUAUGCGGAUUCGAUUCAUCCUGUGCCAAAUGUCGAAAGGUUAUUGGAUAUUGAAUUUGAUGAUGGGACGAUUGUUGUUACGCCUCCACCCACGAUUCGGACACCUGGCAGGACAAAGAUCCGCAAGGUUGCACCGGGUCGGGUUGGGCCCGCGGAUUUUCUUAAACGUCAACUUCAAUGCGGGAAGUGUAAAGGCCUUGGUCACAAUAAGAGAUCAUGCAAAGAGGAUCAUGAAGGUCACUUGCAGGUGAGUGGGUUGACAUCGAUCGAUAUUGGUCAGAAUUUAUAGCGUAAUUUUUAUUUGAUGGUUGGUUAAAUGUAAAUGUCAGAUAGUAAUUUCAUAGGCAUCCUGGUUUUUUUGAGGUAAAAUUUUUAGGAUAGAUUAGUUUAUGAUCUUUGAAGGAGUUGAUAAGAGGCUUUUGAUAAGGAAGCAAUAGCAUUGCACACUUGGUGGCCUAGAUUAUACUUUUACACCUUUAAAGGGUGUUUCUUUUUUUCAUUCUUUUUGAAAUAAUAUGGAAAUUGCAAUAGUUUCUUUUUUAAACUUGUUUGUGUUUUUGGGAAUUUCAAGUUAAAUCUUACAUAUGUAAUUGUUGUU